AUGUCGACAGAAAAUUAUAAGUCAGCUCUAGCUGAUAACGGAAACGUCAAAAACAUGAUAGAUGAUAUUCCUGUAGAGCACGCGAGAGAGAGUACCGCUAGUGAUUCACUUGAAAAUCGUUCUCUAAGCAAAAAUGAAAAAGAUGACUUGCAACCUGUUGAAGGUAUGAAUUAUGAUGGACAUAAUGGCAUCCAGGAAGAAGAAAAUGAUGUUGCAUUACCUAAGAAGCCAUUGUCUGAUUAUCUUUCUGUUUUCAUCUUUUGCGUUUUAAUUGCAUUUGGUGGAUUUGUCUUUGGUUGGGAUACCGGUACCAUUUCAGGAUUUGUUAACCAAACAGAUUUUAUCGAAAGAUUUGGUCAAUUGAAUCACAGAACUGGCGAACAUUAUUUAUCUAAGGUGAGAACUGGUCUUAUCGUUUCACUUUUUAACAUCGGUUGCGCUUUUGGUGGGUUAAUCUUGACGAAACCUGCUGAUGUUUACGGCCGUAAAUUAGCUGUUACCAUUGCUGCUGUAUUUUAUGUUGUUGGCACCGUUAUCUCAAUUGCAUCUAUUGAUAAAUGGUAUCAAUAUAUGAUUGGUAGAAUUAUCUCAGGUCUCGGUGUUGGUUCAUUGGCGGUUUUAUCACCAAUGUUAAUCUCUGAAGUUGCACCAAAACAAUUAAGAGGUACUUUAGUUUCAAUUUAUCAACUGAUGGUUACCGCAGGUAUUUUCUUGGGUUACUGUGCAAAUUACGGUACUAAAACUUAUGACAACUCUGUUCAAUGGAGAGUUCCAUUAGGCUUGAAUUUCGCAUGGGCCAUUCUCAUGGUUGCUGGUAUGACAUUUGUUCCUGAAUCACCUCGUUACUUAGUACAAAUUGGUAAAGUUCAAGAGGCCAAGAGAUCAUUAUCGAGAUCUAACAAAGUCUCUCCCGAAGAUCCUGGUCUAUUGGCGGAGUUAGAACAAAUUGAAACUGGUAUCGAAGCCGAAAGGGCAGCUGGUAAGGCUUCCCUUCAAGAACUGUUUUCCACCAGAGGUAAAGUUUUACAACGUGUUAUCAUGGCAGCUGUUAUCCAAUCUUUACAACAAUUGACUGGUGAUAACUAUUUUUUCUACUAUGGUACUACCGUUUUCAAAUCUGUUGGUUUAAAUGAUUCAUUUGAAACUUCCAUCGUUUUAGGUGUUGUAAAUUUCUUCUCUACUUUCUUCGGUAUCUAUUACGUGGAAAGGUUUGGUCGUCGUACUUGUCUAUUAUGGGGUGCCGCUACAAUGGUCUGUUGUUUCGUUGUAUUUGCUUCUGUUGGUGUUACAAGAUUAUGGCCUAAUGGUCAAGGUAAUGGUUCAUCAAAAGGCGCUGGUAACUGUAUGAUUGUCUUUACCUGCUUCUAUAUCUACUGUUUUGCAAGUAGUUGGGCUCCAAUCUGCUUUGUUGUGGUUUCAGAAACUUUCCCAUUAAGAGUUAAAUCUAAAGGUAUGGCAAUUGCUAUGGUUGCUAAUUGGGUUUGGGGAUUUUUAAUUGGUUUCUUUACACCUUUCAUUACAGGUGCAAUCAACUUCUAUUAUGGUUACGUCUUUAUGGGAUGUUUGGUAUUUGCAUUCUUCUACGUCUUUUUCUUUGUCCCAGAGACUAAGGGUUUAACUUUAGAAGAAGUUAGCACCAUGUGGGAAGAAAACGUUCUACCUUGGAAAUCAACUUCAUGGGUUCCACCAGACAGAAGAGGUAGAGGCUACGAUUCUGAAGCCUUAGCUCAUGAUGAUAAGCCUUGGUAUAAGGCUAUGUUUACCAAAUAA